AUGUCUGAACAAUCAUCAUCUUCCAAUAACGCUUCUUCACGAUCAUCGGAACAAGCAUCGUCAUUAUCUGUAGAGCAAAAAGAAAUGACUGUGGAGUCUAAUCUCAAUCAUCACCCAGAAUUAAUUGCGGGAUCGAGCAAUGGCCGUGCUUUUACUAAGAACAAACUGUUUUCUGAGGUGAGGCCGGGAAGUAACUUUAAAAUUCAACAAGAGUACAUGGCCCGAGUAGAAAAUGUUCAAGAUGUCGAUGAGAAUGGACAAAAAGUAACCAUUCAAGUUCUUUCAGGAAGACAAGAUAACUAUAAUGGAGUAAAUAUAACAAUUGGUUCAGAAAUUGAGAAUUUUGAAAAAGUCAUGACCGAUUCAUUGCAAUACUGGAUGAAGAAAAAGAAGAGAGGAGUUUGGGUUUAUAUCACUACAGAAUUUUCCGAGUACAUACCGAUUUUGUUGAAGAAAUUUCAGUUCAAGAUGCAUCAUGUCAAUGAUGACAUGCUCAUGUUGACGAGAUGGCUUCCUGAAACCUAUAAUUCUGACCCUAAAGCUGACCCUAACAAGAUUCCCAAAUAUGCUCAACAUUAUGUAGGAGCAGGAGGAGUCACAAUUGAUUUUAAACGAAAUCAAAUUUUACUUUGUACUGAGCGUCAUACCAGAAAGCCAAAAGGAAUGGGCCAUUUAGACUUUUGGAAAGUUCCAGGAGGCAGCGUUGAUGAUCCAAACGAGCACAUUGGAGAAGGAGCAGUACGUGAGGUAUUUGAAGAAACAGGAGUCAAGGCAUCAUUCAUUGGUAUCAUGGGCUUCCGUCAUCUCUUUGGCUUUCGAUUUGGAAAGAGCGAUUUUUACUUUAUCUGUCUUCUUGAAGCACAAAGCAGAAAAAUUGAUAUUGACACCAAUGAACUUGCUAAAUGUCAAUGGUUCGACUUGGAAGAAUACUACAAAAUGGAUCACCUUAAUUUUGUACAAUCUGUAAUUCGAGAUUCUGUUCGAGAAUUUAUGAGCCGAGACGAAGAACAACGAAAACAAAUGCUCUGGAGCAUGUACGACAACAGUCUUUCUGAAAAGAAUGCUGCCUUAAUGUAUCACAGCGUAGAUUUAACAAAUAUUGCACAGCAAAAAGCGUACGUCAACGCCAAAGACAAUACUGAUCCAUCUCUCAUGUAUUGCUACAGAGGAAAAUCUCUCGAUCCAGAGAUACAAUAUCAAUAA